UCCAUCAUUCGAUCGCAAGCUUCGGCGAAGGUUUCAUCAGAAAAUUUCCAGCUCGGACAGAGAAGAAAUCGACGGUGCCAUGAAAAACUUUGAUCAUUCCCAAAAAGUUAGCCCAACCGAACGGAGUACCGCGUACCGGAAGUAGUUUUGAACUGCGAACACACACACACGAGCGUGAGGAAGAUGGUUUUGCGAAAGUUUUAAGCAAAGUGAUUUUUGAAUAAUUAAUUUUGAGGAAAGUUUUUUUUUCGUAACUACGCGUAAAGUACAACGCAACAAUCAUGAGCGCCCCAAUCGUCAUAACCGUGCCCACCAAGUACGUUCCGAUUAAUCUGGCCCCGGCCGGAAUCACCAUCAAGACGGAAUCCCUGCCGGACGAGGGCGAGGAUUCGUCGAGCUCGUCGAUGGAGGAGUUCCUGGUCCGCGGCAAGAAGCGCCGCCUGGACCAUCUGACCUGGGAGGAGAAGCUCCAGCGGAAAAAGUUAAAGAACCGCGUGGCAGCCCAAACCUCCCGGGACCGGAAAAAGGCCAAAAUGGAGGACAUGGAGAAGACCAUCCAGGAGCAGUCGGACCAAAUUAGUGAACUUCAGAGCAAGUGCGAUUCGCUCGCACAGGAGAAAGAUGCCAUUUACGGCAAGUAUCUCGAUCUGGAAGCAACAACAACAGCAGCAGCAGCAACAGCAACAGAUCUCAACCCCAACCGCCAUCAAAUCGGAACCGUCGCCGGACUUGGCCUCGGGCAGCGUUGGUUGUGUUUCCACCCUACUAGGAUCAGCAGCAUCCGCCCAAACCCCUCUGCCGCAGGGAUUACUUUCAAUGGAAGCACAAACGACGCUGCGCCAGUGCCAGCAGAAGACGACGGACGAAAAGGUGGCGGCUUUGUGGAAGAUAAUUGCGCUCUGCCUGCUCUACAGGACAUGCUCGAAGACUUCGAUGUGUCCAAGCUCGAAGAGCUCGCCGAAAGCCUCCUGGCCGACGUCACAAGCGAGCUGGAAGAGCCUGAUCGACGAAGCUGCCCGGCUGAUGCCCAAGAUGCAAGCGCCGGCAUCGGAAUGCCUGGACCAGUGGUGGGGACCCCACCAGAACAGCUGGAAUCCGGCCAAGAAACUAAUCAAGGAAGCAGCAUAAUUCUGACCACCCACAACUACUCCAAGUCACCGUUUCACGUGGAGAGGACGCACCUAUCGCUACAAGCAGAGAGCACCGUGCUACAGCAGUCCGUUGUAAACCCAGACACCGUCUACGGAACCUACGACAACGAAAACAACUGCAUCACCAUAAUCCUGGAUAACGACGACGGCGGCGAUGAUGCGCGAACCGGAAAAACGCUCGAAGAGGAAAUCAUCUGCGAAGAGUCCGACGAGGAGAUGCUAGUCCAGGAACCGGAGUUCCAAAUCAAAAUAGAACCCAUGCAGCAGCUUCUGUCGCCCAUUCCGAGCAUCGUGUCCACCAGCAGCUACUCCAGCGUGAAAAACGAGGAGGCGCUGGACACGAUGAAAAAUCCGCCAACGCCGCGUUCGCUCAUCUCCGACGGCGGUUACGAAUCGAUCGGAUCGCCAGACUACAGCAUGGGUACGCUGGACGAGUUCUGGAACCUGGACCUGUUUCCCAUCCUGAACUAGACCAGUCGCUUUGUAAAUAACCGUUAUUCAGUGAUGUUGUACAAAUUAGCGCUAGUUGUUAGGCGUUCCUACCAGAUAUUGAACUACUUACGUAAGACGCUGUUCUGUUUCUGUUUAGAUAGGUUUACACCAGACUGCUGUAAAUAUUAGUCGUCGUUUGCGUUUUAUUAUUAUUUAUAAUCGAACAAUUGCUAAACAGAUGUUUUAGACCACACUCUCUCUUAUAGUGAUAGCUAGUAAGUUUGCCUGCACCGCAGUGCGGUGCAGCAGAACCUUCUUUUUGUGCACAAAAUGAACCUAAGCCAAACUAAGGAAUGUUUUCUAUAAAAAUAAAAAUAGGUAAUAAUGAUCAUUGUUACAUAUUUUGUCAUAGUUUCACUAUUCAUCACAAUUUGUGUAGACUCACUCUCCACUGAAAGGGUGCUUUAACUUGGAAAAUAAAUUGGAAAAAAAAAACUUAACACACACAAAA